AUGGAUGGAUUAUCAUCUUCUUCAUCUUCUCGUAAACGUCAACUCACCAGUCAAUUAGUUAUUUGUGAUCAGUGUGAUAAUCCAAUCGAUGAGUGUAUUAAUCUAAAUGUCGAUGAUGAUGAAAACAAAGGUGAACUUUUUCUCGAAGAAGUGAUCGCAUUGGCUGACCCGAAGUUGACCCAAUUUUUUGAGAGUCAAAUUGAAGAUUCACUGGAAUUGAAUGUAACCAAUUACUGUUUGUAUGAUGCAAAUUAUCAUUUGGUUUCUAUUGAUUCUGGACUAAUCGAAUCGGACAAACCCGUUUAUCUUAAAGGUUAUUUGAAGCCCUUGACUGAUACCGACGAUGGUCCUAAUGAGGGUUCGGUGGCGACUUGUGGUAUUGGGCCGAUUGAUCAAUGGUGGAUCUCGGGGUUUGAUGGAGGUGAACGUGUUUUAAUUGGUGUUGAAUCGCCUCUUUGUAGGUACAAUUUACUUUUACCUCAUCCAAGGUACAAAAUUAUCUGUGAAAGUAUCGGGGAUAAAAUAAUGGCCACUAAACAUAUUAUCGAGUGGAUUGAAUGUAAUCCAGAGUCCAAUUGUUCACAAUUAGUUCAACAUUUAAUUGUUAAGUGUCCGAAACUUAAAUUAUCUCGAUUAUAUCAAAUUUUACCUUUCAUUUUGGACCAAAUUCAAUCGUAUGAUGAAUCUGCAUCACCUGAGGAGCUUAAACUUUUUGAAACUGUUGCGAUUCAAGAGUUAAUUGAAUCGGCAUCACAAAAGUCACUUAAAUUAAAAAGACCUAAAUCAUUGGCUAAUUGUGGUGGAAGUCAAGAGAAUGAAUCUAUCGGCUCUAAGAUUCGUAAAUCAAUUAACAAUGAUUCGUUUGCGACUUGUACUCAACUCGUGGCAACUUUUUUCGAGGAACAAUUUAAAGGAGCUUUGAAUCCACGGAGAGAUGAAAUUAAAUCAACAACAAUUUACAAAGAAUUAGGUAAUCGUGGUUAUGGUAAAUCGAAACGUGAUUUAAUUAAUUCUAAAAUCAUUUGGACCAGUGAAACAAAACAUGUCGAUUCUUUUUCCAAAAGAAUUUACUAUGAAUCAACUCGAAUCAAUGGAAUCCAAAUUGUCAUCGGAAAUUUCGUGUUGAUUGCGAGGAAUCAAAGAAACGCCAUUGAAGAUAACACUGGAAUUGGAAGAGUUAUCGAUUUAUUUGAAUCAAUUGAUGGUCAAAAAUACGCUCACAUUGAUUUUCUUUGUUUUAGUGAGAGUACAGUUCUCGAGGAAACGGGUUCGUCCAAUUCCGUUUAUUUGAUUCGUGAAUGUGGUGACAUUUUGUUGUACAAUUUGAUUGACAAAGUUGAUGUUGAUCUUGGAUUAGAUUUAUCUUUGGAGAAACGAGAUUAUCAUUGCGAUCGAAUCUAUUCAAAAGAUUAUGGUUGGUUUAAGUGUUUUAAUCAACAAAUUGUUAAUCUACUCGAAGCUAAAUCAUGUCUUGGUUGUUACUUUCAAGAUGAGCGGCGAAAAUUAAAUCAAAUUGUUCUGUCAAAAUGUUGCAUAGAAAAAGAUGAUUUAUCUUAUUUUGAAAGCAUCACAAUUAAUGGUCAUUGUUUUCACGAGGAAUCGUUCGCACUAAUUAGUCCUGAUUCAGUUGAUUUACCGGAUUUUCUGUUGAAAGAAAUGAGAUGUAAUCAAAUCAACGACUCUUCUUAUGAUGAAAAUCUUUACCCUGAACGUUAUCGUAAACAAUUUACUGAAUUUAUCAAAGGUGGACUGGACGAUAUCAAUCAGAUUUAUACGAUUGUCCGAAUCAAGAAAAUCUUUCGUAACAAGGUUGACACUAACGACGAUUGUCAAUUAGAAGUACAGUUAUUUUAUCGACCUCAGAAUUGUUUUGGUAAUUAUGAUCAACUUCUUGGGUCUUCUCUUGAUGAAGUUUAUUUAACUAACGAAAGUCAAACUAUCAACUGUUCAGCUCUUCGAGAACCUUGUAAUGUUUAUUACCUUGGAAAUGAUCAAAAUCGACCUGAUAAUUUACUGAUUGCUCAUCGUUAUUUUGUUAAAUCAUUUUACAAUCCUGUUACUAAAUUGUUCGAGACACUUUCUCAAGAUGAAUUAUCUUCAUUUUCAACUUACCAACAAUCAAUUUUACCUACAGUUCAACCUUUGAAAACUCUUGAUCUUUUCUCUGGCUGCGGUGGAUUGGCCUCGGGUUUCAAGGAAUCGGGCUCAUCUGAAACACUUUGGGCCAUUGAGAAAGAUUCAUCGGCCGCAAAAUCAUUCGGUUAUAAUUUUCCGUCAGCAAAUGUCUUUAAUCAAGAUGCUAAUUUAUUGUUGGCUCGAUUACUUUCCGGUGAAAAAUAUUCCAACGAUGAUCAGAAACAGUGUCUUCCUCAACCAGGGGAAGUGGAAAUGAUUCUUGGUGGACCACCAUGUCAGGGAUUCAGUGGGAUGAAUAGAUUUUCCAAUCGACUCUAUUCCGUUUUCAAAAAUUCACUUCUUGUCACAUUCUUAAGUUACAUUGAUUAUUAUCGACCUAAAGUUGUCGUUUUUGAAAAUGUUCGUAAUUUCGUUCAAUUCGAACGAAGUAAAAUUCUCAAACUAACAUUAUCAUGCCUUCUAACGAUGAACUAUCAAGUGACCUUUGGUAUUCUUCAAGCGGGUUCUUAUGGUGUUCCACAAUCGCGUCGAAGAACAUUUAUUCUAGCCACUGAUCCAACUAUUGAAUUACCUAAUCUACCGAAACCUUUACACUGUUUCUCAGCGCGAGCUUGUCAACUUGAUAUUCUGAUUGGUACUAAACGAUCAAAGUCAAUGUAUCACAAUCAGAAUUACAGUUAUUUUCGUCCAUAUACCGUUGCCGAUGCAAUUAGUGAUCUACCAGAUGAAGUUGGUCACUCGUUGGACUAUUCGUGUUCAUACAAAUCGACGAAAACAUUUUACCAAAAGUUAAUGCGAAAAGGGAGCGAAAAUCUCACUAAUGUAAGUCUACAUGUUGUUCCGUCGAUGAGUUUACUAAAUCAGGCUCGAAUUGAUAAGAUCCCUUGUUUCCCUGGUGCUGAUUGGAGAGAUUUGCCGAAUAUCCGUUUGAUCUUAUCUGAUGGAACUGUCAUCGAAAAACUCGAUUACCAUUAUGAUGAUAUUAAAAAUGGUAAAUCAUCAAGUGGAUCGUUUCGUGGUGUCUGUGAUUGUGCCUCAGGCAAUGUUUGCUCAAAAUCAACUUCCCGUCCAGAAAACACUUUGAUUCCUUGGGGUUUAGUCCAUACUGCUAAUCGAAACUAUCAAUGGUCUGGAUUAUUUGGUCGCCUUCAAUGGAAUGGAUUUUUCAUCACGACGAUAACCAAAACGGUUCCUAGUAGUAAACAAGGAAGUGUCUUACAUCCUCGGGCUAAUCGGGUUAUUUCAAUCCGAGAAUCAGCUCGAUCACAAGGCUUUCCUGACAGUUACCAUUUCUCUGGAUCAAUGGCUGAGAUUAAAGUUCAGAUCGGCAAUGCAGUUCCAAUUCCAUUGGCUCGAAGUAUUGGUUUUCAAGUAUCGAAAUCACUGAAAAGUUAAUUACUAGCAGAUUAUUCAUUAUAUUACAUCAUAUUUCUAGGAACAGCAAAAUCUAAUCAUUAA